CCUGUUGACGUGUUUACCUGCGGGAGUGCGGCAGGUUGUAGUGUGUGUAGUGCCGUGGGUAAAUGUUUUGGUGGUGCCUGUUGAGUGCCACGUGUCUCACACAUAGUUGGGAACAUGGAGAGAAGCUGGAAAAUCAUCAAGACGAAGGGGAAUCACAGGAAAUUGCACCAGUAAGGACGGAGUCUUGAGGGUUGACUGCUGCAGGCCGCCAAUUAUGCUGGUCGUGACCUUAGCCGCGGCUGGGAGUUGCUGGAGCACACGAGACCACCCUUCCAAGUCCCUCGCCCAGCCCCAUGACAAGCUGGCCACGCAGACCUACACUCAGCCUGAGCACCAUCAGUACCACACUUACACUCUCGCUCAGUCUCACGCGCAGCCCUUAAACCACCCAAACAAUCAGCCCUACACGUUUGCCCUCGCCCACUCCCUCACUCAGCCCCUCACUCAGUCCCACACACAGCAGCAACAUGAGUUUCAAAGCUAUAGUCCCGUCCAGUUCCAAACACAGCUUGAUAUUCAGUCCCAUGCAGAAACUCAACACCAGCCCAAACUUCAACCGCAAACCCAGUACCACACAGAAUUACAACAGCCCUCUACUCAGCCCCUAGCCCAGUACUACCUAGAAAUACAACAGCAACCUCCACUUCAGCCCCAAACCCAGUACCAUCCCCCGUCUCAGCCUCAACUCCACGCACAGCCCCACAUCAAGUCACAAAUCCAGCAACAUCUUCAACCCCACCUUCAGCCAGAUCAUCAGCCCCCGCGCCAGGCCUCCCUCCAGCCCCUGCUUCAGUCCUCCCUGCAGCCCCAGCCCAUGUGUGGCAGCGAUACUCUCUGGGUGGAGGUGACCAACACGUUCAUGGUGCCCUCCGUGACGCACCACACCGUGACCUCCUCGCACCUCACCACCGUCACCGCCUUCCUGACCCGCACCGUGCUAAGGCCCUCUACCGCCACUCACACCGUCACCUCCACACUCAGCCUGCAGUACGCCGUCAAGAUAGACACCAAGUACAUUACCUCCUCCCACUACGUCCCCACCAUGGAGGUCCUGCGCAUCACCCAGUUCGACACCUCCACCACGUCGCUGUUCCUGACGGAGGUGGUGCUGGACACGGCCUACGUCACACACACCAGGACAGAGGCUCACUACACCUCCCUCAUCCAGACGCUCACCCACACACUUACCAACGCCGCGACCGCCUGGCGCACCUCCACCGCCUUCUUCAGCGUCACAAAGACGAAAACUUACAACGAGUAUGUGACGAAUACGAUGACGGGUCAUUACUUGGUGACUCACACACUGACGGAGACGAGCUACGACCAGGCGUGGGUCGUUAUGUCCAUCACCAGCACCCGUCACGCCGUCUCCUGCUACUGGGGCUGACCUGUCUACGCCCCCUCGUUUGCUUGUCCCUGUGUUUUUCAUUCCGUUUGUCGCUGUCUCUCCGUUCAUUUUCUGUUCGUUGAUGCCUACCAGUUUGUUUUUAGGUGUAUUUUUGUCCUGUUUGUUUAUCGCUUUGUCUUUUCCUUCCUCUUUGUUUUGUUGUUCUGUCUUUUCACUCCUUAUUUACUCGUUGCUGUUUCUUUCCGUCCGUGUUCGUCUGUUCUUGAUUCUUCCCGGUCCUGCUUGUUUGUCACUGUGUUUCCGCUCCUCUACUUGCCUUUCUGUCAUUCCGUCCCUGUUUGCUUGCCACUGCGUCUUUUCUCCCCUUGUUUACUUGUUGCUGUCUCAUCUGCUUGUUUGUUUGUUUGUCUUUCCGCCUCCCUUUUUUUUUUUUUUUUUUUUUUUUGCUCGUCACUGUGUCCUUACCAAAGAAAUAUUUUUAUAUACAUUUUGUUGCUCUUAAAACUCGCUUCACAUAAUAAAAACAGAGGAAGGAUGGAUAGUUAACAGCAUACUUGAUGGUUUUACGAGGCUCUUUGUGACACGUCAAAAAUACGAGACUUAAAUGUAGAAUCUCAUGCCUUACAGAGACGCUUUCGUAAAUCCUGUAUCUUUGUCAUCAGCGAACAAUGUAAUAAAAGACAAUGAUGAGGU